GUGUCACUUUGAAAACACUUUGAGCUUUACAUUGAUAUUAUUUGUUUAUUUACUAAAUCAAAUUAAAUUAUUAAAAUUAUGUAUACAGAUGACUAUUCGGAUAAGGAGAGCGAGUACGAGGACAGGAGUCCAGAGGAGAGUCCGAGCAUCACCAAGAAGUGUGUGUCGACAGCGGAGCUGGCGGCGGCGGGGGCGGGGGCGCGGCCGCUGCGGGCCACGCAGUCGCUGACCGCCACCGAGGAGCUGCGGCUGUGCGGGACCCUGCAGCGGAUCAACCUGUGCAACCGCGUGUCACAUCUACCCACCAGGCCAGCCCCUGUGUGUCCCUGCGGCUGCCUGCUGCGCCGCGCCGCGCCCGCGCCCUUCCGCACCCGCGAGCAGACCACGCUGGCCCUACACGUGGUCCCCCCCGAGGCGCUCACCCACCACGGCUACAGCUACCAGCCCAGCCAAAUAGCCAUGUUCUGGAAGAAGGACUGCAGGUCCUUCCUAUGGAAGGGAAAAGCCAAAAUGAAGAAUAUCAUCCACGCCGACUCACAUAAAAAGUAACUAGAAAUGCAGGGGGUUUUAUAAAAUAGGAGUAUGUUAAAUAAACAGGAAUUAAAUUAAAUAGAUAGUAAAUA